AUGCAAGGAAAACUGGGGGCUCCCAGCACGUUUUUCCCACUAAGUUUUAUUUGGGCAGACCUGAGGACAGAGGGCCUGCACCGACAAGAAGGUGUUGGGCCUCUUGGUGGUGAAGCGUGGCUUGUGCUGGCGACGGAGGACCUGGUGGGGCAGUGGGAACUUGAUCUUGGAGUCGUGGAACUGCUUGACCACUGGUCAGGGCACUUGCUGGCUGCGAUCUCCUUCACCUUCAUGAUCUGGAUUGAGGGCCCGGGCUCGGUGCCGGGCGCCCAUGUCUCAAUAGCACUGGGUGACUGCGCCAGCUGUGGUCAGGUCCUGGCACUCCCGGUACAUGUUGUGGGUGCCACUGCGGGAGUCAUAGCAUAG